AAAAGUGGGAUUCAGCAGCCACACUUGGCAACCCGGGUCAGGCCGGGGCUGAGGCGUGCUGUGUGUAGUGCUGCAGAGAGAAGUGUUAGCUAACUGCUAAUAAAAAUGCCACCAAAAGGAAAGGGUGGUAAGGGGGCAAAAGGAGGUGCCUCGGACAGUGGAGACAGUGACAAGAAGGAGAAAGCUCAGAAAGGAGGCACUGCAGUAAAGGUGCGUCAUAUUCUUUGUGAGAAGCAUGGAAAAUGCAUGGAGGCUAUGGAGAAGCUGAAGUCUGGAGUGCGCUUUAGUGAAGUGGCAUCACAGUACAGUGAAGACAAAGCUAGACAAGGGGGUGACUUGGGCUGGAUGACUCGAGGAUCAAUGGUGGGACCAUUUCAGGAAGCUGCAUUUGCGCUACCAGUCAGCACAAUGGAUAAGCCUGUAUACACAGAUCCGCCCGUGAAGACAAAGUUCGGGUACCAUAUCAUCAUGGUUGAAGGCAAAAAGUGACCCUUGUACCUGCGUAGGCCACAUGGCUCAUCCUGUGUUUGCUUUUUCACAUUUUUUAAAUGGUGUAAAUAUCAGUUAAUAAAAAUAAAACUGAAAAAAAAGA